AUGGACGUAGUAAGGAGUUGUGAUGUGUGCCAGCGACAAGGAGCCAUCUCUCGGCGCCAUGAGUUACCUAUGACACCUAUUCUGGAGGUGGAGUUGUUUGAUGUGUGGGGAAUUGAUUUCACGGGGACAUUUGUGAGCUUCUAUGGGCAGAAGUACAUAUUGGUUGCAGUGGACUAUGUGUCCAAAUGGGUUGAGGCAGUUGCUUUGCCCGAGAAUGAUGGCAAGAGUGUUGCUGGUUUUCUGAAGAAGAAUAUCUUCUCAAAGUUCGGCACACCAAAGCUAUCAUUAGUGAUGCACAAGGUGGCAACACCUUAUCACCCACAGACUAGUGGCCAAAUGGAAAUCUCCAACAGAGAAAUUAAAGCAAUUCUGGCUAAAACAAUGAAUGUCAACAUGACAGAUUGGGCACGAACGUUAGAUGAUGCUCUAUAUAUUGGACAUCUUUCAAGACACCUAUUGGUAUUCCAGUCGGGUGAGAUUGUGCUUGAAAAUGACAAAGGCGAGAGGUUCGAAGCGAAUGGCCAACAAAUCAAGGCAUACUUGGGUGUUCCAGAAGAUGUGAAGAUCGUGGAGGAAUGUAAACUUGAUGCAGACUGA